AUGUUCAGUCUCUUAAGAGACAGGGAACAUCGGGGCGAAAGUUGGCGGCGGCUUUAUAAUACUGCAACAGGGAGUCUUUAUUUUUUGCAAAGACUGAAGUUAGACAAGAAACUCAGCGUACAUGAUGGAUGUGUCAACACGAUCUGUUGGAAUGAUAAUGGCACCCUCAUCUUGUCAGGAUCUGAUGAUCAACAGCUGGCCAUUACUGAUCCAUUCUCUGGCAAGACUAUUGUCAAAUUUAGAUCAGGUCACAGGUCAAAUAUAUUUAGUGCAAAGUUCCUGCCAGGGAGUAUGGACAGAGAGGUGGUCAGCUGUUCAGGCUCGGGGGAAAUCUUCUAUACUGAUGUAGAUAGAGAGGAUACCUAUGGAACUAAUCGAUUUGACUGCCAUUUUGGAACUACUUACAAGCUUCUGGUGGUACCUAAUGAAGCUGCAACUUUCCUAUCUUGUGGUGAUGAUGGAACAGUUCGAUUCUUUGACCUGAGAACAAAAACCAGCUGCUCCAAAUUCAACUGUGAAGAGGAUGUUGUGAUACACCUCAGGAACGCAGUGACAGCCAUGGCAGUUGACCCAAUUAUACCCUUCCAUUUAGCAGUAGCUUCUUCUGAUGGCAUUGUACAACUUUAUGAUCGACGGAUGCUGAAGACAAGAGAAACAGGAGGUAGCAGUGACAGCCUCAUAUGUAAGUUCCUGCCUCCGAUGGCAGGAAGUGAUAAGAAACACUACAGAAUUACCUCCCUAAACUAUCGACAGGGUUCACAUGACGUGCUGGUGAACUACUCAUCAGAAAACAUUUACCUGUUCAACACCUAUGACACCGACAAGCAGCAGUGCUACACAUCCAAGCCUGAUAUGAAUGGAGCUACAUCGAAGCCUGUGGGCAUCAGCUCAGCGGCCGGAACCAGCUUUGGUGAAGCCAGCACCAGUGGUGCUGCAGCACUAGGAGCCUCUGCCACCGCCAUGGACAAUGGCUCAGAUUCAGACAGUGCCUUCAAGCCUAUCAAACGACUCAGACUACGAGGGGAUUGGUCAGACACUGGGCCAGAUGCCAGACCAGAAAGCGAGGAGCCAGCGCUAACAAACACCAUCAUGCAGCGGAUGUCAGAUCUUCUCACCAGAAUGCUAAACAGUCACAGUGAGAGAAGUGGAAGAGGUGAGGAGGUGGAGGAGGAGGAGGAUGGGGAGAGUGCCACUAGUGGAAGAGAUGACGAUCUGACCCCAGCUGAAGAUGUGAGGGACGAUACAGCCGCUACCACGUCCACAGAUGCUGCGGCCAUGCUCCGCUCAGUAAUGUUCCGAUCAGCACGAGCUGCAGCAGUCCGUAGCCUCAGUAACCACAACAGACCUUCAGCCAGGUUCUCAAUAUCCAGCGAAGGCCUUGUCUCCCCUGAGCUCUCAUCAGUGGAUUUAGAAGGUCCAGGUGAAACACCGGCAGCAGAAACUGAGGCUCCUCCGGCACAAAGUAGAAGUCAUAAAGUGAAAUCAGAUCAUCUUGAGGCAAACGAGGAGCAGCCUUGUGGAUCCAGCAGAGAGGGUUCAGAUCCAUCACAUGUUGAAUAUACAUACCCUGCAGGCCACAGUGGUUUAAACACAAGAGCACUGGAUAUUUCAUCAAGAGAGACUGCAACAGAAGGUAGAGUUGAAGAACUGGCAGUUUUGGUUGAUAAUUCUAGUGCAGUUUCUGAAACUUCCAGUCCAGAUACAGUUUUGAAGAAUACAAGGUUUCAUUUGGAAUGUAUAUCAGAGGCUAAUGUAUCUGCCAGAAAUUCAUGUCAUCAGUUGCAUGGUGUGAAUGUUGAAUUUGUUGAUAUAAGUGAUUCUGCCUUCCAGAACAAUCCAACAGAUGUACUGACUGAAACCGAAAAUGUAAAACUAGCUAAGACAGUCAUUGACAGACCUAAUGUGUGUCCCACAAACCAGACUGUGAUGGAUUCUUCAGAGCAUGUUGAUGCUUGCCCUCAACCCAGAUUGAUUUUAAAUGAAGUCUCAGGUGAUCAUGCAGACUUGCUUUCAAACUGUGAUCCAGACGUCCAGCUGGAUAUGGAUACAGAUCAGCAAAGUUAUUUCAUGUUUUAUUCAACAGUCCCUGGUGGUGUUUCCCAUGAAGCUAAUAUAUCGUUAGCUAAUGAUGGUGCUGUGCCUGAUUCUUCUUCUGAAGGUAUAAAGCUCCAGCAGGGAGAGGCAUCUGUUUGUAUGGACCCUAAAUCUGAGAGCAAUGACUCAAUAUCUGAUCAGAUGUCCACAAGUCUACAUAUCAAGUCAGUAUCACCAGGAAUGGCUGAACCUUCAGAACAGUCUCUAAUAUAUGGUGCUUCAUAUCAAAAUGCAGUACCAGUUCUUGACAAUUCCCACAUGGCAAUGGAAACUGAAGAUACUAGCUCACACAACACAGUCUUAGUUGAAUUAUCUGAAAUUGGAAAUAAAAAAGACAGCAUGGAUACACCUUUGGAAUGUUUAGGACGACCACUUGGUUUAGACACAGUUGAUCUGGCUCAGAUGUCAGCGUCGUCAAGUGAAACAUCUUCCUUUAAUUCAGUGAGUACAUCUUGGUCAGAGAGCACUGUUGUUUCACCAGAGGAUGUUCUCAAUAGUCCUCAGUGUAGACUUUCUGAUGCUACCCACGAGAAAACUUUACAAAAUCUUCAAACCAGUGUUUGUCCUUCCUUCAUUGAUGGGUCAUCUGUUCGUUGCCGUGUCGAGUCUGGUCAAAACCCUUCUGUCUAUAGCAAUAUCUGUGACUCGACACGUUAUCCGAUUUCUUUAUCCAAUAAAAGGCAGAACAGCCCAGAUCAAUCAGCUUUUGAAAAAAGCAAGCAUGAAUUAAUUGAGGGCUCAACAGAGACCAUGAUUAAAUCAAACAGUGACGAUAUGAAGGCAGACCCAUCUUCAGGUGCAGAAAAUGGUAAAUCAUGUACUUUAGACCUCAGCUCAUGCAAUUAUCAACAAAGAGUCCCAUCUGGGGCACAAGCCUCCCUUAUGCCAAACAAUAGUACACAUCCGUCCAGACCAAUUUUUGGUUUCUAUCCAUCAAAGAGUUCCAGAUUGACUAAAACACCACCAGCCUUUCCUGGUAAGUGCACUUGCUGUGGGGAGGACAUUGGUGAAAGAAUUGAAGAUAUUGAUAUCCAGAAGAGGAAUGUUGUUUCAGAACGAUGUCUUACUUGCCUCAGACAGGAGCAGUCAGACCACCUUCAGGUGACAGACUUGCAACAAGCAGAUGAAGAUGGCAUCAGCAUGGGCAUAGGUGCCUCACAACAUGAUCAUGUUGAACAGCCGGGAUGUGUAGCAGGAAAAACAUCACAAACUAUGCAUCAUGUUGAAUCAGAUUCAGUUCUUUCACACACAGACACACCUUUGAGUAGUUAUGUAGGCCAGCAGAACACUGCUAAGGGUAAAGGUAUUGGUAAGUCCACCAUGAAAUUUCAAGCAAAUGAAAAAGCGUCAAGUUUUGCUCCUUAUAACAGUGGGAGGAUGAUAAUUACAUCUAAUGCUGAUCCAGACUCUGCUGCAUCUUCUAGAAGUGCAAAUCAUAGGGCUGUAAUUUGUGACCAAGGACUAAGUUCCGAGAGCUCAACAGCUGACAUGGUCACCAUGGCACCGUCGGAAGCAUCGACAUCAGGUUGUGAACGGCAUAGAAGGAUUGGUUACAGUCUGCCUCCAACUGGCAACUUCCAACUCCACGAUAUUGACAGCUUCAGUGACGAUGAAGAGGAUGAGGAGCAGUCUAGACGUCGUCAGAAAGCCAAAGCUGAGAAAGACCGGAUGAGCCUGGCAGCUCAGAAGAUUCAAGAGAUGUAUCGUAAGAAACGGGAAGCCAAAGAGAAAGCUAAACUGUUGGAUGUCCCUCAACCUAGAUUGCUCAUGAAAUAUUCAGGGCAUCGCAACUGUCGCACAAUGAUUAAAGAGGCCAAUUUUUAUGGUGACCAUUUUGUGAUGUCUGGGUCGGACUGUGGUCGGAUACUUGCCUGGGAUCGGGAGACAGGUCGAUUGGUCAUGUACCUGGAUGCUGACAGACAUGUGGUCAACUGUGUGCAGCCCAACUUGUUUGUUCCAGUGAUUGCCUCUAGUGGGAUCGACUACGACAUUAAGAUCUGGAGUCCUCUGGAGGAAGAGUCUCAGUUUGAUGAGGAUAAGGCUGAGAUGAUCAUCAAACGAAAUGAACUGAUGUUGGAAGAGACCAGAGACACGGUCACAGUGCCAGCUGCCUUUAUGUUGAGAAUCUUGGCUUCAUUGUCACAGAUACGUACAGGGCGAAACAUAGUGAGAGGUCAGUCAAGUCAAGAUUCAACAGGUCAAGAGUAA